ACCCGCCCUUUUAUAGACGCCAUAUUGUCCAUGUCUUCCGCUUUCAGAAAGCGAAUCAUAAAGGGGUGGCAAACAGGAUUAAGAAAUUGCCAAUAAUUUCGUGAAAGUUUUCAUUUUUUCAAGCUUUAUCUUAUUAUUUUGUAAUUCUGUAAACAUGUCAGAACUUAAUACUGAUCACGUUGACUCUGUAGAAGAAGAAUUAGAAGUGGAAUCUAACUACAAACCUCCACCAGAAAAAACAAUAGAACAAAUUCUAGAAACAGAUAAAGAAGAUGAAAGUUUACGCAAAUAUAAAGAAACGCUUUUGGGAGAGGCAAAGUCUGGAGGCAUCGUUGUAGAUCCAAAUGAUCCCAGGAAAGUAAUAGUAAAAAAAUUAGCGCUUUGUGUAGCUGAUCGACCAGAUAUGGAAUUAGAUUUAACGGGUGACCUCUCUCAGUUAAAGAAACAAACAUUCGUAAUCAAAGAAGGUGUUAGCUACAGAAUCAGGAUUGAUUUCAUUGUUCAACGUGAAAUUGUGCAUGGUCUAAAAUAUGUUCAAAAAACUUAUCGUCUUGGUGUACCAGGUGUCACAGUGGACAAGAUGAUGCAUAUGGUGGGUUCUUAUCCUCCAAAAACAGAAAUUCAAUCAUACACAACACCAACGGAAGAUGCACCAGCUGGAGUAAUGGCACGUGGUUCUUAUAGUGUAAGCUCUUUGUUUACUGAUGAUGAUAAACACGAACAUCUAAAGUGGGAAUGGUCAUUUGAAAUUAAGAAAGACUGGAAAGAGUAAGCUCCCCUUUAUAAUGGGAAGUCUUACAAUGAUUGCAAUUAAAAUAAGAAUGCCAAAAGGGACUCUAAUUUUUAUAGAUAUUCAGUCAUACUGCGAUGCCAUAAUUGUAUUUUUUAAGUAAUAAGAGAAAGAGUAACAUUGAUAUUUA